UUCCAUAGAAAAAGCCAAACCCCAAGCGUUGAGGGGCUUUGAUGGUCUCGUCAUCACUCUGUGACCCCAUUGUCCAUCUUCUCAAAGAAAUUUUCUUCUUCUUCUUGUUCUAGUUCUUGUUAUUUCUUUCCUUCUUUCCUCGUAGGUGAAGACCAGAAACCGAAGUGCAAGGAAAGAAAUACUAGGAAAGCUGUAACAAACACCAUCUUUUCUUUUUCUUCAAGAAAAUCAUCCACAGAGAGAGACCUUGAUAUUUUCUAUUCUUAAUACUUGAGGCUUGUCUCCUAUGGAAAAAAGGAGGCAGUACAGUAAUAAAGAUGGGAAGAAGGUGGUGGAUGGGGUUUUGGAUGGCUUCUCUCCAGUCUCUACACCUAGGCUCUUUUGGAAAUCUCGAAGGAGAUCAGCUAGCGGGAGGAAUUUAGACAAUGUAACAGACGAUACUGCUAAUGAAACUCCCAGCAAACAGGAAGAAUCUCCCAAUGAUGAAAAGAUGCAGGAGCCAAAUGCACUUCCAGAACUUUCUGAGCGGCGAAAGGCUCUCUUUGAACCAUUGGAACCUGUAACAAAUAUCAAUGGCAAACGACCGUCAGCUGAAUCCCUUCUACCUCCGCCAGAUUUUGACUCAGCAAGCUAUCCUAAAGGUUGGCUAAUUGGAAAGAAGCGGAAGCUUGUUAACAUAGAUGUUGUUGAGAGCAUGAGGAAUAUUGCCAUUCAGGAAAUGAACAGAAAGGACCGCGAAAUUAACGGCCUAAAUGAGCAGUUGGAAGAGGAUGCAAGGUGUCUAGAACACCUGCAACUCCAGCUUCUGCAAGAACGAAGUAAACGUGCCGAGUUUGAGAGAGAGAACGCAAUGCUGCAAGACCAAGUAUCCAUGCUGAUGAACAUGCUAGAGGAAAAUGAACAAAUGGGUGAUGAAGGUGCCAGGGACGAAGGCCCUGAUGAACCUUAAAUGGUGCCUGCUUGCAGCUGGAAACACUAUUGGACUAAACUUCGGGCCCUGGAAACCCUUCACAAAUUUACCCAGGCAGGCUGCUGUGUUGAUGGAUUUAGUUUCACCUAUGCUCCUGUCAUCAUCUACUUCAAGAUCGAUGCAACUCUUAGACGGCAAAUUCCUUACUGAUCCAGGAUCUCUCUGCAAUAGGCAGCAAAGAGAAUUGACCCUUGACAUGAGGUGCUGCUCAUCUGAUGCUGAUGUAAGUUGAGAGUCCCUAAGCAAGUAUCGAGUGAUCUCCUCUAGAAUGUCACCGUUCUUUGGAUCACCAUGAGAAAUUUUAGGAUUGCCAGAUAUCAUCUGUUCUGAAAUGCGUUGUCCAUGGUUGUUCACAAGGUCGCUCAAUGACAUGGAUGGCUGAAGUUCAGGCACCUUAAUUUGAUACUCCCAGUGGCUUGGUAUCUUCCGCCUGUCCGUUUUCAUACUCCUGAUUUCUUCAAUUGUAUCAGUAUCCAUCACUACAAAUAAUAGAUUAGUUAGAAAACAACUUCACUAGAAGAAUGAGAACUAUUGUCAUGGUUUUGCCAAAAAUGGACAAAUGUCGACUUAAAAAGAAGAAUAUGCUAUUGCAGGAUA